AUGACCAAUUGAUCUCCCUCCCUUUCACUGUUGGGACCACCUAGCUACCUUCGCGGCCUCAUUGCUCCCAAAACAUCACCCAUGUCGACACCAAAGCGUCCCUUCGCCCUGCAAUUCGCCCAUUAUAUGAACACGGCUCCCGGGAUUGAAAAUGCGCUCCGCCUACUCCAGGCAGUCUGCCAAUUAGUAGUGGCAUGGAAGCCUGUAGGGAAUAAAGAAGCUUGGAGAUGGAAGGGCGUGGGAAAUCAAUUUGCUCUUGGACGUCGAUACUUUCGCUAUUUUCAAUUUAUUACUUAUUUUAGAAAUGCGUGGGAUACGUUGAUUGGACAAAAUGAGACUAUCAACCGUCGUGGGCGGACAGCUGUGGCCAUUGAAGUGUGCAGCUUGAGCUCCUACGGAUGCUACCUUUGGUUGGAGGCUUUCACUAUCCCCGACUCAUUGGGAUUUCACUCUACAAAGUGGAGUAGAAUGGCGCUUAUCGAAGCCAACAAAUUCUGGUUCUAUGCCCUCCUGUUCUCAAUAAUAGGAAAUAUCUGGCAACUUUUCCAGCUGUACUUAGAAACAAAUGAGCGUCAGUCGCGUGGUCCCACGCGACAGCCGACAAACAAGUCCUCGAAAUCAAAAAGCAAAAGGUCAAACGGAUCAACCGCCAACGGAAGCGCGAAAACGAACCCGCAGAGCCAAGCCCACAAGGCCGGUUAUCCAUAUUCCACACUGGUGCGCAAUCUCACUAUCCAUGGAUGUGAUUUGCUCAUUCCCGGCACCAUUGUUGGAUGGAUUGAAGUGUCACCAGUGCUUGUAAAUAGCGCGAUGGUUCUGAGCACAGUGCUUGUGGGAAGAGAUAGAUGGACAAAGACGCAACAGAACAUUUGAACGCGUUGGUUAUUACUCUGGGAUGGAGAAUUGGCUGUGCUUUGGAUAGAGCAACCAGCAAGGUUUGGUGCGUGUGAACUUGAACAGAACGGAGAUAUUUUGAUCCGAGUUGAGCGCAAACCCCGCCUUGGGGUCUGGGACAGACAUUGUGAGGUGCAUUGAUCUUCAUCACUGAAUGAUCAUGCUCCUCAAAGGUAUCCAGGUGUCUGGCGCAUUUAUGUAGCCAAUCAGGCGUUGCGAACCAAGAAAAUGUCCCGAGCAACGUGUAUCUCGCAGGCUGAAAAUGAGAUUCAAUAGGUGGCUGGUUCAACCGUGAUACCGAAAGACCACACCCAUAGGAAUGCUGCCUGAAUUUAUUCCCAGGACAACCACAGUGGCAUAGGCAUCAAUUGAUCCUGCAUGCAGUGUUUUGA